CCCACCACCGCGCCAGCGGCCUCGGCGCGGUCGCCUGAGGGCUGCAGCGCAGAGAGCCGGGCUCCCGGCCCCGGCGCCCAAGCACUCGCGUGGGAGUGUGUGCGAACGCGUGUGAGCGCGGCCGGGGCGGGGCCCGCACGGAGGCGACUCCCGACCGUGGUCACUCUCGGCUGAGUUUCCGGCGGCGACUUUGAUUAUUGGCAAAUAAUCACCAUAACAGUACAGAGCCCUGGGGCUUGCCACGCCACGCACAGUCUCCGCGAGCCCGCACACGGCCGCGUCACCCACACCCGGCGCUGAUCGCCAGCCCCUAACGAGCCGAUGGAAAAAUCCAAAAAUUUCCGCAUCGACGCGCUGCUGGCCGUGGACCCCCCGCGAGCGGCCUCGGCGCAGACCGCGCCGCUGGCCCUGGUCACGUCGCUCGCGACCGCUGCUUCUGGCCCCGGCGGCGGCGGGGCGAGCAGCGGGGCGAGCGGCAGCUGCAGCCCCGCGUCCUCGGAGCCGCCCGCAGCGCCCGCCGACCGCUUGCGCGCCGAGAGCCCGUCACCGCCACGCCUGCUGGCCGCGCACUGCGCGCUGCUGCCCAAGCCCGGCUUCCUGGGCGCCGGCGCUGGGCCCGGGGGGUCGCACCACCACGCGCACUCAGCCGCCGCUGCAGCCGCUGCCGCCGCGGGGGGCUUGGCGCUAGGGCUGCACCCGGGGGGCACACAGGGCGGCGCGGGCCUCCCGGCGCAAGCGGCGCUCUACGGCCACCCGGUGUACGGCUACUCGGCCGCGGCGGCGGCGGCCGCGCUGGCCGGCCAGCACCCGGCGCUCUCCUACUCGUACCCGCAGGUGCAGGGCGCGCACCCAGCGCACCCCGCCGACCCCAUCAAGCUGGGCGCCGGCACCUUCCAGCUGGACCAGUGGCUGCGUGCGUCCACCGCGGGCAUGAUCCUGCCCAAGAUGCCCGACUUUAACUCCCAGGCGCAGUCCAACCUCCUGGGGAAGUGCCGCCGGCCGCGCACCGCCUUCACCAGCCAGCAGCUGCUUGAACUGGAGCACCAGUUCAAGCUCAACAAGUACCUGUCCCGGCCCAAGCGCUUCGAGGUGGCCACGUCGCUGAUGCUUACUGAGACCCAGGUGAAGAUCUGGUUCCAGAACCGGCGGAUGAAGUGGAAACGCAGCAAAAAGGCCAAGGAGCAGGCGGCGCAGGAGGCAGAGAAGCAGAGAGGUGGCGGGGGCGCAGGCCGGGGCGGCAGCGCGGAGGAGAAGGGCGACGAGGAGCCGCUGGGGCCGCCGGCGCCGGGCGACAAGGGCAGCGGACGCCGCCGGCGGGACUUGAGGGACAGUGACCCCGAGGACGACGAGGACGACGACGAGGACCAUUUCCCCUACAGCAACGGCGCCAGCACGCACGCCGUGUCCUCCGACUGCUCCUCUGGGGCCGACUCCCCGCCCCCACGGCCAGGGCACCAGCCCCCGCCUCAGUAGGGUCCUUGGCCAGCGAUAGGGCCGGUGCCCCUCGGCAGCCAGCACUCACCCCCGGUGCCACCCCGCCCGUCCUGGGAGCCGCCCGUCUGGGCCACAGACCUGUCAGCUCUUCAAAGGACAGAAAAGGGAGGCCCAGCGUCCAAACUUGAACUCUUGAUCUACUCGAUUUAAUUUCAAUUAGUGUUGGGGGGCGGUAUUCGUGAGAACCGACCGCCCCCAGGGGAAGCCUCCCAGCACCCCUUCCCGAAUGGAGAAGGCGGAAACCUACAGUGUUAAACGACCUGGGAACUUGAAACCUUCUCUGGAAACGCCAUUCUCCUGAGUACUGAAAACAGAAAAAAAUGUUUUGUGUUUAUGUAUCUUGAGGUGGGGGGGGGGACUUUAUGUCAUGAGCUUUCAAACUGCUGGAAACCCCAAAGCUGUACUGGCUUUAUUUUUGUACAUUGUAUUUAUAUAUAAAAAGAAACGUCUACUUAUGCAUGCUAAAUUAUUAUUUAGCUUCUCCCAUCGCCCAGGAUGGAAUGUAAAAUAAAUUGGUUUUUUACUGGAUUAGAGUGCAAAUCUCUUGGGGGAGUUAUGAAAGCAGCUUUACUGUUUUUGUUGAAAUGUUGGGUGGGGGUGUUCACACUUGUCAGCAGGUGAAAAUCAGAAUCGCAAAUGGGUGUCAGGACCACCUCCUCCUCUGGACCCUGAGCUGAGUCACAGGUGUGAAGUGCUGGUUCUAGUACGAGGCCAGGUGUGCGCGUGCAUCCGGGUGCCUGGCUCACAUCUGUCCAGGACGCUGAACCCCAGGAGAGCGGCUCUGGUCUCGGGUGUUUAUUUUCCUGUUUCCUUGAGGGCCUUGUUGCUUCACUGGCGCUCCAGAAGUGGAAACCCACUGUUUCAAUGUUUCAGAAAAUCAGCUUCAACCGGUUAGACUUGACUGGCAUUUGAGGUCCGUGUGUCCCAGGAGCCACUUUCCCACGUUGCCCCAUGGCCUCGGAGAGCACGGCGCUCUCUGUCCUCGGCCGGCCCUUCUCCUCUCCCUCCACAACGCCGAACUGCCCUAUUGCCGGCCAGGGCCGAUUUUCCGGGAUCUGUACGAAAGUCGACGAGGACAGCAGCGGGCGACAGAAACGCUUCACGCCAAGGCUGCAAUGGCUCUGGGUUAAUAAACCUCUGGCAUCGCGCACCAUCAAUCACCCGCAGGCCGAGCCGGCCGCUCCAUGUGCUGCACACAUGCGGGCCUCCCGCGCUCUCUGCCGCCUCCCCUUCCCCCAUCGCUGAGUCGGGGCCCCUUUGGGCCUGAAGGAAACAGGUGAUCCCAGGACACUGCUUCUUUCUCUCUCCCUCGUGCCUUCCUCCUUCCUUCUGUUUUCCACUCUCCCCCGUCACCUGGGCGCAGGGUGAGGGUGCCCCCCCAGCUGAUAAAUGAGUUCAGAAGGGCCUGGCGUUUCACUCGGGUGAUUACAGUGCAGGGGCGCGGGGGCCACUCCACCUCAGGGCUGGGGUGAGAUUAAUAUCCUCUCUGGCAGCUCGUUAUCACCCCAGCUCCUUCCAUAAAAUCCAACCUCAGCCACGGCUUGGGGCGCGGUGGCAGGAGCCCGGCAGGAGCAGCUGUUGGGCGGGCCUGGCCGCCUCGGGGUCCAAAGGUGCUUUGAGGGAACGGGGGACUGGGUUUGCAACUGGUGGGACAGCCAGAAGGCCCUGAGAAAGGGGGUGGGAAAACUAGGGGGGUGGGGUGGGAGAGGAGAAAGACAUGCGGUUUGGGGUAAAAAGCAACCUGCAAUCAGUGUACAUCUCAUUUUAAUUUCUAACACAUUGGUGAGUUCAGCCUGAAGCAAUCUCUUCCCCGGCUGGCUCCACAUCUGGGGUUUAUUCCCUGACCCCCUCUUCAGCCGGCCCUGUGUUGGCACCCCCACCUCAACUCCAGGCAUCCAGGGAUACGUGGGGUGGGGGGGUACAUCCGGCUUGGGAGUCAAGCCUCAGGCCCCAGCGAAGGUUCUCUCCCUCCACCCGGCAGGGGAACAGCCCGCUCCCUCUGCACCACGGGGAACAGGGGCCCUAGAGAAGGUAUAAUUAUUAUGACCCACGCCCCGGCCUCCAGCAGAGCCAGCCGGAGCUUGGCGUGGGGACUUGGCGGCCAGAAAGGCCGGACAGCAUGCGGCCCCAGCGGCUCCAGCCAGCUGCUUAAUCGCAGCGGAAUUUAUCUCACUAAUAAAUUUAAUGAUCAAUUCGUUCUUGUCACAGUAGCUCUUCCCCAAAUCAAUUAUAGCAAAUUUAAAUAUAAUCACUGGCUCGUCCUCACCCACUCCGGGCACAGCGAACAAUUCAUUCCGAGCGAUGAGCGCCUCCAGGCCCGGCUUCGUCUGCCUCGGGGGUGCGCCCUCCACUCUGGCCUCCCACCGACCCUGUGCAGGGAGAGGCUUUGCAGUCCCCAGGACCUGGUUCCCAAGACGCAAGACAGGUUUUCGGAGCCUGAGCCCAGAGGGAGACGAGGCAUUGUUUUCACACAAGCCCAGCCUUCCCUGCCACUGCUGCGGUCUUCUGGCCUGGAGCCCUGGUGCCAGGCUGAGUCUCUCCCGCUCCACUGUGCGACACCCCCAUGAGGGCACCCCACCCAAGGCGGGGCCCAUCCUCUGGGAACCCUAGCCCGGCCCCGCUGGGCUCCUUUUCUUCACUGUAAAGGGAGGUCCUCCUUGGUUCCCUGAAAGGGGCGCACAGCUGGCCGUUUGCUAGUGUCUCCAGCUGGAGCAAGAGAAUGGGAAGAAAGCCCAUUUUGUGACAAAGAAACCAAUCUACACGAGCCCUCCAGGCGACAGCCCACGGGUUUCCUGUCCACAUGGAACUCUGGCCCAGGGGUCAGGGUCCCCAGGAGCUUGAGAAGAGCAGAAAUGACUAGAAUGAAAACGAAUGGGCCUGUUCUUGCCAGCGGUGGACCUUCACCUACCCUGUCCCCAGACGGAAGUCACUUGGCAAAAUCAG